UUAACUUCUUAGAAGAUGUAAGUCUCACUUUAAUAAUGCAAGAGGAUAUACGUUUACCAUUGUAUAAAUAUACCAAACUCAUCAUCCUAACUUCCCCAAAAAAAUUUCCUGCAAAAACAUCCCCUACAAUACAAAAGAAAGAAAGAAAAAUAUGUUGUCAUUAUCCCCUCUGUUCUCAACUACCUACGGAUGGCCCUCAGAGGAUCCUAUCAAGAAUAAUGUUCAACCGGAUUGCAACAAUAUUUCUAUAGAAGCUGAACCAAAUUCAUGUAAAUCUUUACUUGAUUUUGAUACAUAUGAAGAUAUCCAGCAUGAUUUUUCAACUGAAAAUUCUAAUUCUUCUGGUGGGUUUGUAAAUGGCUAUUUGGCUAAUCCUAUGGUGAAGAAGCUCAAUCAUAAUGCCAGUGAAAGACAUCGUCGUAAGAGGGUGAACGACUUAUAUGGUUUCCUUCGUUCACUGCUACCCAUUUCCAGUGAUCAAAAGAAAAAAGUAAGUAUCCCAGGGACAGUAUCUCGUGCACUUAAGUACAUACCGGAACUACAAAAGGAAGUAGAGAAAUUAAAACAUAAAAAGAAAAAGCUUUCAUCGUACUCAUCAUCAAAAGUUCAUUUGAGUCAAGAAGUGGUAAAGAUGCAAAAAUCAUCCUUGGUUUCAUCCGUAAGUGUGUUAGGAGCCACAGAAGCUGUCAUACAACUUAUUUCCUCAAAUGAUCAUAUGAGCAAGAGGAAAGAGAUUGUCUUCUUGUCUAAGGUUUUGGAAUACUUAGAACAGGAAGAAGAUGGGCUUGUUUUGCUCAAUGCAACGAAUUUCAAAUGUUCGGGGGAAGAGAUGGCAUUAUGCACUCUUCAUAUUCAGGUGCAAGGUGAUAAUGACAUUGACGCUGAAAGGCUGAAGGAGAAGCUUAGCUCGUUCCACCAGCCAUAAGAUCGAAAUUUACUCUAAUUAGCAUAGGAUAUAAAAAGUAUAUAUAUCUAGUAAUCCUGAUAAGCAAGCAUUAGUGUUUCUCAUAGUUAUGUAACGAUACAAAUAGAUCAUCAUGACUGUAGCCUGUCAUUUUGUAGAUUAGUGUAGAGCAAUAGAAUUAACUGCGAAUGAUAGAAAAAAAAUCGUAACUAAUCCAUCAUGCAUGCUUUACAUUGUUACUUCAA